AUGGAAGAUCUAAUCGCCCAAUUCAGCUUCGUCUCAAACCAAGCCUUGCAAGACAAAAGCUUCGACCCCGCCACGAUCGAAGACCUGAUGAAACUCUUCGAGAUCGAAGCGUACAAAUCAUGGGCUGCAGUUGAACUGGAACAGCAGCAAGAAGUGGAAGCAGCUGAGGUUGCCAUGCAGGAAGCCGAGGACUACAUGGACUCGGUGAUGGAGAGUGCCAUGGAUGAGUUCAGACGUUUUGAAGAGGAAAUGGAAGCCAUCUCCAAGGCUGAGCUCGACAGCUUAGUUGCCACUGCAGAAAGUGCAAGGAAGAUGGGGAAGUUCAUGGAGAAUGCAGCCACUAUUGCUUCCAAGAGGUAUAUUGAGGCUGCUCUCAACUCAGCCACUGCUUCCAUGAAAUCAGCUUGGAAGGGGAUUUCUACUAGCAAGGUUCACCCUUCUUAA